GUUUGGUCACAUCCUCCCGUCCACUCUCAUCUCAUGCAACGUUAUAUUAAUGAUGAUUGUUCGCUGUAUAUUAGUUUGUUAAUUUAAUGUGUCUGCAGACCUAUGUAACUACUACAUACAUGCCACUGGGGGAGGUCGUCAUCAGUGUGUGUCGGCUAUUCAAUAACGCGUACAUGUAUUUCCCAUAAUACGUAGAGUUAGGAAGUUGGGACGACAAGAUGAUCUUGUCGAUGAAGGGAAUGGAAUUAAUUCUGGGACCGCAAAUUCAAACUAGUUUAAUAAGAAGGAGAAAGAAUGAAAGUGAAAAGUUGUAGUCGACUCCAAUGAAGCUCGUUCAAUUUUUUUGCCAAUGAAACUGGUACACAUCUGCAUUGUUUAUUAUUAUUAGUCAAGAGUUUUUUAUGCAUGGAUUUGACAUUAGCACUAAAAAAGUGACUUUGACAAUGAAAAUAAUUGAGGUACUCAGUCCGGUACAGAUAUGCAAAUGAUUUUGCAAAAAAUCUUUAUAUUUGGGGACAAAAUCGUGCGCAUAUUUCAUUUGGUUGUUGGUCUCGUUGUCUGAAACUCACAAGGUCAUCAGACUCCAUUCCCAAAUUUUCAUCACACUUUUGACUAAAUAGUUCGAAAAAUGCGGAAAAACUCUUGCAUUUUACUAGCGGGGGUAUUUAUCUGGGUGGAAAGUGUCGCUGGAUCACCAACACCACAGCAACAAAUACCUCCAGUAAUAAUACAAUACCACGCGCCAACUCCACCCCCACCGCCACUUGGACCCCCAAUUGGCCCUCACUACACCCGGGACUUGUUUCCUCCUCCUGGUCCACCCACCAGCCCCAGCUCCCCUCUCAUCCCCAGACUCUACAACUCCCUGCGUCAAGGCGUCCUCGAUGGAUAUGGAGGCGAAGGGUCGCUGCUCUCACUCAAACGGGACGCUGUCCUCUCUCGCGUCCGGUUGCACAGGGCCCUGGUCAGAUACGGACUUGGGGUUCACGAGCAUGCCGGCAUAGGGUUGACCCCACUCCCUGGCGACGCCUCCCUCCUCGAGAGAUGGAUUCGGUCACAUCUGUCCCUCUAUCUUCAACUCCUUCGCCACAAGUUGUCCGUGAGCCGACAUCUGCUUAAAGCCAAAGUCGACAUGGGAGUCAACACGGUGCGGUCCUCGACCAAGUUGGGGAAGGACCUUCUUAUCUCUGCCAUAUUCCCCAGAUGGGCACAAAUCCAGAUCAACUUCCUCCAAACGCUGUGGACCAUUAUUCGACGGAAUAUCAGAACAGCCUGGAAUCUCAACUACGACCUGUACACGGACAAUCGAAGUUUGUGGAACGCCCUGUUUAACAAUGACAAGAAGAGGAACAAAGCGUUGACACCGAAUUCAGCUCCAGAUCAGCAUGGGUUGGGUCCGCUGUCACCAGUGCAUGAUGAUGUGCCCCCGCCUAAUCAUAUCCACUACCACAUACAACACCCGGGACCACCCCAGGCUCCACAAUGGUCGCAUGUCGACUAUUAUCCGGGUGAAGAUUAUCCAGUGGCACGCGACGACUAUAGUAACCCCCAACAUACAGAUGAUUCCCACCAUCAACAAUUUUACGGAGACCAAUCUCGCGAAAUUCAAAAUUACCAAAAUUACCCAGACCAUUCCAAAGGACUCCUUCACUCCACAAACUCGGAGACUAUGGCACAAGGUCGCUUUCACCGAUGGUGCAUCCCUACGCGACAAGGAGGACUUUUCCGCCCCUUGAUUACCGCUUCCCACUGUUACUGGAGACAAACUUAGUCUUUAUAGACCUGGGUUGAUUUUUGUAUGUUGCAAACCUAAUUUAUGUUUCCAGACAGCCCCCAAUACGUAUCCCAUCAAACUACGAUACAUCCUUAUCAUAUGAAUCGUAUCACAAGUGCCCAAUAAAUAGGAACCAAGUGACCAUUUAAUAUCGUAUGUUGACUUGUCAGAGGAAAGAUAGAGAGAAAGAAAGCGUCAAAUUGUUUCUUCCGCGUCCUCUUAUCUCGCUUUUCAAUUAUGUCGUAUGUACGUAUAGCGACUAGGUCAAACCUUCAUGUUUAGCUUAUCAAAAAUUCGAUAAAAUUAAAAUUAUUUUGUUGCAAUUUGUGAAUGGAAAAUGGAGACAUUAAGUUAUUUCAGGUUUAAAGUUAUUCUUGAUUGAUGUUGAAGGGUUCAUUUGUUUCAUGUCUCAAUAAAAAAUUGCGUACGAGGGAAGAGGAAUGUACAUGUAUUUAUAUUUAUCUGUACAUACGAGUGAACAUUACGUGCCACCCAUCAUGUAGGAGGGUGAAAAUUAUGUAGUCUUCUCCAUUAGUGGUUCAUGACAUUCAAUGACAAAUAGAGUCGAAAACUAGUUUUUGUGCAAAUAAGUAAGUAGAAGGAAAGGACAAGAAAGUGAAAAGGGGAUAAAAAUGAUGCUACAUAAUUUGCUGCAUAUUAGCUCAAUCGCUUGUUAACUCACCUCUAAAAAUGUAAAUUAUUUCAUAAUUUUUAUUCUCACGAGAUGAGAUACGAAUAAUGAGAGACAAAUACUUAUGUGUAACGUGCAUGAGGUGCAUGUCACCUCAUAAUUGGAUAUUUAUUUAUUUAGUUAGUACAAUAUGUACUAACCAAUAUUCGUAUAAUAUGUUGCAAUUUCUCCAUUUUGGGACUUCUUCCCCAUUCACUUAUCUGGGGACGAUAUUUCCCUGUUCUCACUUUGGUUUGAGGUCUCAUCCGAAGCUGACCAUUCUCGUCCUUCCUUUUCUCUAGCAUGUAAUUUGAAAUAGACUCAAUUUAUUUGUGAAGAUUCCACAGCAAAAACACAUACAGUAAAAACAGGAGAGGCCAGAAAUUCUUGGUUCUGCGGAAAAUGUGGACUUUUCAAUUAUUUUUUUGUAUAUUUACCGUACUUGUGACGACAGAGUGUUCUGGCUACAAAGUGAGUGGCGAUGAGCCCGUUAUUCAGGUAGUGGGAAGAAUACACGGUCGGAAGAGGGCGGACGAACGAUGGGAUGACUACGAAGGUCCAGAUGCCAAAAAUGAGACAUCCUCCGUCAAUGAAAACCUAGGAGAAGACGUCACCCAGUACUCGAUGAGAGAUACGACGCCGCCGGCGGAAUUUGACUACUCUACGUCGCCGGAUUACGGGUGGGGUUCAUACUAUGGCGAUAACGUCCCCCUUAUUAUGAUGGACGACCAUCCGGAAAAUAACGCUGGUGGGAACUACGGCUACUUGCCUGGCCCACCACCCUCACAUUUCUACCCGAAACGCCGUCCUUCCAGACGGAAGAAUCUGCUCCAACUAUUGCAAACUAAGGCAGGUCGGAAGUUUAAAGCCCUGUCCUCACUUCUCGCUGGUUUGGGAGUAACAGCCGCCCCGCCACAAAUGCCAACAACUGCUGAGCCAACCCAGCCGACAUCAUCUGUCCCUCCUCCAGCCACACCCCCAACAACCUCCCCCGCCGUCGACCUCCUUGCUCAACUUGCCCCAACUCUGACAAAACUUGUGGACAGUGUGGGGAACGCAGUGGGUGGGGAGGGAUCGCUUCUAGCCCUGAAGAGGGACGCCCUCGUGGCACGUCUCAAGUACAAAAAAGCCCUCUUCAUUGGGUUGCCAGAGUCGCUUCUCUUGGCCAAAUUAAAAAUUCCGGGUGCCAUUGUGCAGGGUAAGAAAACGUUGUUGGGGGUCGUGGGGGCGUUGAUACCACCGCGGCCACAAAUGAUUCACGAUGAUAAGAUCCCUUCUCCAGACUUUGGGCAGCACCCGAUGGAAAUGUCACAGCCACCGCCAGUCCCUGCAUCGACGACCACGAUGCAAACCUCGGGAAGUGAGUCCACAUCAAAGGCCACACCCACCACAACGCCGCUGGGGGGUAGUUUUAGCAAGGGGCGCUUGGCAGACAUGAUUUCCAUCACCUACGACUCUCUGAAGGAUGACUCACGAAAUGGGUACUCCGUCCCCCAUCAUCUUGAUUCCCCCAGCAGCAGCAGCAUGAGGGCUGCCCGACACCCAAUUCCUCAGCAUUCCUAUUACAGGAGUCAAUUUAUGAAGAUGUCAUCCAGCAACGGCCUCUCUCGCCAUUCGAAACCAGGGCAUCCUCGGUUUAUACGCUACUAAUUACUCUAAAAGUUUUAAUUGUUUAAUUAUUUUUACUGUUGUUGAAAUUCGUCCAGAAAUAUAUUUUACAAGCUUACAUAGUA